AUGGCGGUUGAAAAAGUGUAUGGAAAUUGGGAGGAGUCUUACAAACAACUUCCAAAAUACUUAGUGGCUCUUAAACAAUAUGCUUCAUGGACUAUUAUCAAAUUGGAAACGUUGUCGGCAUACUUGUGUCCUGAACCCUAUCCGGAGGAGAAUUUGGAGUUUCUUAAAUCACAGAAUAUUCGUCUAUUUCAAUUUGGAAUUGAGGGGAAAACGGAAGUUUCUUUACCUAUUCUCAGUGAUUCUAUUAUGGAGGCUUUGAAAAUUUUACUUGAUGUGAGAAAUCACCCUGUUUUGAUUCAUUGCAAACGAGGAAAGCAUAGAACAGGUUGUGUAGUUGGUUGCUUUAGAAAGAUGCAGAACUGGUGUCUGUCUUCUGUGUUUGAGGAGUACCAGCGCUAUGCUGGUGCUAAAUCCAGGACAGCGGAUUUAACAUUUAUAGAGAUGUUUGACAUCAUAAAUCUUAGGCAGUGCCUCUACAGCAUCAUCUACCAGUAUCAAGGUGCUUCAAAGAAGCACAAAUUGAUGUAUCAAGGCGAGACUACGCAGAAGCCACCCCGUUUGACAUCGUUUUAGCUGCUGCACUGGCUAUCAACUCCAUUUUUGGAUUUGGUAGAGAACUCAUACUUCAAAGUAAUUUUUUGGAGUCUUUGAACAUAUAUCCUUAGGGUUUUUAAAGAUCUUUUGAGUACUGCUAUUGA